GCGGAGGCGAAGUGACCCGCAGAGUGCCCUCACCACCGUAGCCUUGGACACCAGGAAGUACUAGAGUAGUCCUGCAGUACCUAGUAGCGAGAGUUGUUGCUCUGCCAAAUUGAAUCACCAUAGUGACGACCGUGACGGGUGUCAUCGGCCGGCGAGUGAGGUAGCGGCAAGCGUCUGGUUGGUCGUGGUUGUAAAAUAACAAGUUAAAACAUCUAUUAGGGGGAAAAAGGAAGAGUAGACUACCCUCACCGCUACCACCACCACAACGAUGCCCGGAUAUAGGAUGGACACGGGUCCAGACCCCGACCCCACCGGGUUCCUGUACGUCUCGGAUGACCAGAAGGAACAGGAUCAGAGCAAGCCCUAUGAUCCGGAAAAGUCUUGCUGGGUCCCAGACCCGAAGGAAGGCUUCGUCGAGGGCGAGAUCCAAGCCACCAAAGGCGACUUGAUCACAGUGUGUGUUGGAGAGGAGGCGAAGGAUUGGAAAAAGGAUAUGAUCGAGCUGGUCAACCCACCUGAGUUAGAAAAAUGUGAGGACAUGUCUGAUCUAACCGUCCUGAAUGGCCCCUCUAUAUUUCACAAUGUCAAGUCCCGCUACCUCAAUCAACUUAUCUAUACCUACGCCGGCCCCUCCUGCGUUGUGAUCAACCCGUGCAAGCGAUACCCACUCUACACCAACCGUGUGGCCAAGAUCUACCGGGGCAAGAAGCGUGGCGAGGUACCGCCCCAUCUCUUCGGGGUGUCCGAGAAUGCCUACACGACCAUGCUCCAGGGCCGCGAAAACCAGUCGCUAUUGAUCACCGGCGAGUCUGGCGCUGGCAAGACGGAGAACACGAAGAAAGUGCUCGCCUACUUUGCCAGUGUUGCAGCAGCCGAAGCCCCUCAGGUGGAAGAAGGCGAAGAAGGCGAAGAAGAAAAGCCUGUAAGCAACAUCGCGGACCAGAUCGUGCAGACCAACCCCAUCGUGGAAGCCUUCGGGAACGCCAAGACAAUCCGCAACGACAACGCUUCCCGCUUCGUUAGGUUCAUCCGCAUCCACUUCCAAGCUGACGGGAAGCUGGCGGGCGUUGAGAUGGAGGUCUUCAUGCUGGAGAAGUCUCGUGUUAUCUUCCAAGCGCCGAACGAUCGCUCCUUCAAUAUUUUCUAUCAACUCAUGUCUGAAAAGGUCAAGGAAAUCGCUCCCAUGUGCGAGUUGAGCGACGAGAUCUUCGACUACCAGUACGUGUGUCAGGGCAAGGUGGACGCGGACACCGUGGACGAUGGCGAAGACAUGAAGUAUUUGCAUGCUGCCUUCGACGUCCUGGGAUUUAGUGAGACCGAAAGAGCGAACAUAUACAAGGUAACAGCUGCCGUUAUGCAAUUCGGAGAGAUGGGAUUCAAGCCGAAAGGCACCGAUGAAGCUGAACCCGCCGGCGCAGAGGCUGGGAGGAUUAUCAGUAAACUCCUGGGAGUAGAGGCCGGUGACCUUUACAAGUGCUUCUUAAAGCCCAAAGUAAAGGUCGGAGAAGAGUUUGUGGAGAAGAAUAUGACCGCCGAGCAGUGUACCCAGUGGGUGGGCUCCGCGGCCAAGACUAUCUACGAACGCGUCUUCAAGUGGGUGGUGAACAAGUGUAACGCGAUCCUCAAGACGGACCUCGAGCGUGCCAACUUCAUUGGCGUCCUUGACGUCCCCGGCUUCGAAAUAUUUGAGGUUAAUGGCUUCGAGCAGAUCUGCAACAACUUCUGUGACGAGAAGCUGCAACAGUUUUACAACCAGCAGAUGUUCUUGCUGGAACAAGAGGAAUACAAAAAAGAAGUCAUCGAGUGGACCCCCGUGGACUUCGGCAUGGACCUAAAGGCCUGCAUUGAGCUCUUUGAGAAGCCAAAAACAGGUAUUCUGGCCAUCAUGGAUGAAGAAUGUAUUAUCCCUGAGGCCACUGAAAAGUCUUUCGCCGAAAAGCUGAACGCCAACCAUCUCGGUAAAACUCCAGUUUUCGUCAAGCCUAAGCCGCCAGAGGAGGGCCAAGCUGAGACCCACUUUACCAUCGUUCACUACGCGGGCUCCGUGAGCUACAACCUGACUGGAUGGCUGGAAAAGAACAAGGAUCCCUUGAACGAAUCCUUGGUCGACCUUUUGAAAAAUUCUUCGAACGAACUGUGUGCCAGCAUCUUCGCAGAGCAGCAGGAGCUUCCCCAGGAGGCGCCCCCGGAAGAUGCCGAAGAAAAUAGCGAGGAACCUGAAACAAAACCUGAACCCAAACCGGACCCAAAAGCAAAGACAAAGGCGAAACCAAAGCCAAAGGCCGCAGCAAAGCCUGCCGUCACGAUCAAAUCCUUAACGUCUGGAUAUAAGAAUCAGCUGGAUAGGCUACUGAAGACCUUGAAAGCCACCAGGCCUCAUUUUAUCCGCUGUAUUUUGCCCAACGAGACCAUGACCCCAGGUGUGAUCGAUCCUUCUUUGGUGCUGCAUCAGCUGACCUGCACCGGUGUGCUGGAGGGCAUCCGCAUGCACCGCAUCAGCUUCCCCGUCAGAGUCUCCUACAAGGACUUCAAAAACCGGUACAAGAUCUUCGCCUCACAGGAGAUUGCGGGCAUGACUGAAAGCAAAAAGGCUUCAAAGAAGUGUCUAGAAAAGGCAGACUUGGAAAAGGAUCUCUAUCGCCUCGGCAAAAAGAAGGUUUUCUUUCGCUCGGGCGUUUUGGAUACCCUGGAUAACAUGAAGGAAGAACGCAAGGAGUUGAUCAUUUCAUGGCUGCAGGCGUGGAUCAGAGGCUUCAACACCAGAAAAACAUAUAAGGAGAUGGAGGAGAAGCGGCUUGCUCUUAUAGUGAUGCAGCGUUGCUUGAGGAGGUACAUACGGAUCCACUCCUGGAAGUGGCUUGGUCUUUUUGAGGCAAUUAGGCCCAUGCUUAACAUCACUAAGAUCGAAGACGAAUUGAAGGAACUCGAGGCAAAGUACAACAAGAGCCAGGAGGAGCUGGAAAAGGAGACCACACAUCGCAAGCAGUUGGAAAUAGAAAAUUCAAAACUUCAGGAAGACAAAUAUGACCUGAUUGUGACUCUUGAUGCCACCAAAGGAGAAUUGAGUGAAUACAUCGAGAAACAAGCUAAGCUAAAAUCACAAAAGAGUGACCUCGAGCUACAGUUGCAGGAUACCAGUGACCGGCUACAGAAAGAGGAGGAAGCUCGCAGCUUCCUCACCGAAACCAGGACGAAACUGAGGCACGAAAUUGAUAUCCUCAAGAUACAACUGGAGGAAAUAGAGAUAGCGGUGGGCAAAGCCGAAUACGCCGCGGCGGCAAAGGAACAAGUGAUCCUAGACCUGAAGGAAGAGAUCAACAGCCAGGAAGAACUGAUAAAGAAGGUAAAAAAGGAAAAGAAACACCUCCAGGAGAUAAACCAGAAGACUGGGGAGGACAACCAGUGUAUCGAGGACAAAUGCACCCACCUCACCCUUCUCAAGGGUAAUCUGGAGAAGCACCUCGAAAAGCUUGAGGGUUUCUUGGAGCACGAGAAAAAAAUUCGCAGUGAAGCCGAAAAACAAAAAAGAAAGUCAGAAAGUGACCUUAGAUUGACCCAGCAGACGGUGACUGACCUCCACAAGGGUCGAAAGGAGCUGGAACAAGCCUUAGACCGCAAGAAUAAGGAGGUGUCGGCACUGGUAAUUAAAGUGGAGGAGGAGCACCAGCAGGUCAUCAGGCUCACGAAGCAGAUUAAGGAGAGCGAGAAGCGCCAGGCAGAGCUGGAGGCUGAGAGCCUUCAGGAGCGUCAGGCGCGCUCCACCGCCGAGACAGCAAAGGUCGCUCUUACCCACGAAGUGUCAGAUCUGAGCAAUCGUCUGAAUGAAGCGUCAGCUGUCGCCACGGCCCAGAUGGAAAUGAAUAAGAAUCGGGAAGCGGAAGUUGCCAGACUUCGUAAUGACUUGAAGGACAAAUCUCUUCAAUAUGAAAAUACGCUCUCCCAACAACACAAAAAGCACCGUGAAAAUAUGGAGGGAAUGGUGGAGCAGAUUGACGAUCUCAGCAGGGCGAGGGCCAGGGUGGAAAACGAGAGGGACUCCUUAAAGCAGGAGUUAGAGGCGGCCAGGAACACUAUCGACAGAAUUAUUCGUGAAGGGGCUGACUUAGAGCAAACCACCAAGGACAUCAAGCACCAGCUUAACGAGGUACAGACCAGGUACGACGACGCCGUUAGAACUCUCAGUGAUCUUGAAUCCACCAAGAAAAAACUGACUUCUGACAACAAAAGUCUUGGGCGGCAGCUGGAGGAGGUCGAGGCUCAAGUAGAUGUCCUGUCCAAGUUGAAGAUGUCCCUCGAGAGCGAAGUGCAGGACGUCAAGAAUGCCUGCAACGAAGGACGCCUCAUGUACACCACGUUGCUGGAAAAAUACCGUAACCUGGAGCCUGAAAUAGGUGUACUGAAAGAGAAGCUGGAGGAAGAGUGUGACGGCAAAACUAAUCUCCAGCGACUGCUGUCUCUAGCCUCCGCUGAGGCCGACAAGUGGCGCAAUAAGUAUGAGACUGAGGGUGUGAUUCGCGCCCAAGAACUGGAAGCCGCUCGCCAGAAGUUGGCUUAUCGCCUAGAGGAAACCGAAGUCCAAAUUGAGCAGCUGAAUGUUAAGAAUGCCGGACUGGAGAAAAUGAAGCAACGGACGGCAGUGGAGCUGGUUCAGAUACAAGGGCAGCUGGAGAGCACCAGAGCAUUAGCUGCUGCCGCCGAAGAGAGGGAGAAAGAGGCCGAAAAAGAAAUUGAUGAGUGGAAGACAAAAGUGGAUGCCGUUACUCUCGAACUUGAGUCUUCACGAAAAGAAUGCCGCAACUAUGCUGCCCAGAAUUCUCGUGUCAGUGCCGCUUAUAAGGAAACCUUGCAGCAAAUUAACUCCCUGCAGCAAGAUAAAGACAGCCUAGCAAGUGAGAACAAGACCCUCAUGGACCAGAUCUCAAACAGGAGUCAGACUUUGCACAACAUCCAACUAUCUUUCAAGCGUCUCCAGGGCGAGAAGGAGGAGCUACAAGCUGACCUGGAGGAGGCCGAGAUCGCUUUGGAACAGGAAGAAAUCAAAGUGCAGCGCGCCCAGGUGGAGCUCAAUCAGCUCAAGCAGGAAAAUGAACGCCGCCUCCAGGAGAAGGAUGAGGAGUUCGACAACACCAGGAAAGCUUACGAACGCUCACUUGAGUCCAUCAGAGCGUCAUUAGAGACAGAGGUCAAAGAUAAAGCCCAGGCAGUGUAUAUGAGGAAAAAAUUGGAGGCUGACAUUCAUCAACUAGAAGUUUCUCUUAAGCGCACCAAGGAAACCAACACUGAUCUACAAAAAGCUUAUGAGAGGAUUCAGAGUGAGAACGAAGAUCAGCAGGCCAGGCUAGAGGACAGUGAGCGCUUGGUCGCCCAGCAGCAGGAACAGCUGCGCGUCCUCGAGCGUCGUGUGGGCUCCGUGAUGGCCGAGCUGGAGGAGGCUCACACCCUCCUGGAACAGGCAGACCGCAGCCGCCGUAGCGUCGGCGUUAAACUUUCUGAGGCAGACGACUACAUUCGCAAACUGACUUCGGAAAACGAGAGCUUGUUAGCUUCUAAGGAAAGACUAGAUGACGAGCUUCAAAACAUACAGGCCGACUUCGAUGAAAUGAUUAAGGAGGCCAAGAGUUCCGAGGAGAAAGCCAAGAGGGCUGCGAUGGACGCCUCUCGGCUGGCUGAUGAACUUCGCUCAGAGCAGGACAACGCUCAGACACAAGAGAAGUUGCGCAAGGGUCUGGAGGUUUCAUUGAGAGAGACACAGGCUCGCAUGGAUGAUGACAGUAGCAGCCAGAAAAUGAGUAACUCCACCAUCGCCAAGCUGGAGUCUCGCAUCAAGGAUCUUGAGAUAAGUCUGGAGGAAGAAAAUAACCGCCACUCCGAAGCCCAAAAGAAUCUAAGAAGAGCUGAGAGGCGUGUCAAAGAGCUUACGGUUCGGACAGAGGAGGACAAGAAAAAUCACGAGGGCAUGCAGGACCUCGUCGACAAACUCCAGCAGAAAAUCAAAGGAUACAAACGUCAGAUGGAGGAGGCCGAGGAGAUCGCCGCCUUAAACCUGGCCAAGUACCGCAAAGCCCAGCAGGAGCUCGAAGAAAUAGAGGAGAAUACGGCCAUUAGUCGCAAAGCCAUGCGAAUGGAAGCGCCUCAAGUAGUUGCUUAAAUAUUGGGCGCCUCGUGCAUCGUGCCCCUCAGAUGCUCCCCUGAUGUGCUGAACACCCGCCUCUUGCACGCCAGAAUGCACAUCAGAUGAAUAACUUAUUGUCCAUUUGAUGUGAAGUUAAGGACAGCUCAGGGAGUUCAGGCAGCCUCAUUGAAAUAGCAUUAUCUAAUACUAUUUAGUGUGUUAAGUAGAUGAUUAGAUUUUUAUCUGAGCAGAAGUUGCCGUAGAUCAAAGCGUGCGGGUGAUUUUCAACGCCUCCAGAACCGCCGUGUGAUUUUUUUUUAUUCGCAGUCGAUCUGUUUGACGAAUCUACAUGUGUUUAAAUGUAUGAUUAAGCAGGAUUAAUAAAUUUAUUUAUAUGUUA